AUGUUCUUUGGAAUCGCGUCUGCACCAGUAAUAUGGCAGAGGACUAUGGAACAGAUUCUGCAAGGAAUACCAUCAGUCCAAUGCAUCCUAGAUGACAUGAUAAUAACUGGUAAGGACAAUACCGAACAUUUUAACAAUCUGGAWAGUGUGUUGAGCCGUCUGCAACAGUACCAACUCAAGGUCAACCUAGACAAAUGCCAGUUCUUCCAAGAURAGAUCGAAUACUGUGGACACAAGAUAGACAAGCACGGCAUACACAAGACAGAAAAGAAGAUUAAAGCAGUGCGUGAUACUCCAGGACCCAAGAACGUAACUCAGCUUCGCGCAUUCAUUGGCCUCGUAAAUUAUUACCACAGAUUCCUACCAGACCUAGCCUCGGUAAUGAGACCACUCCACCAGCUACUGGAACAAGAGUAUAGGAACACUAAGCGACACACUAACGCUCACGCCCUUUCAAGACUACCGUUCGAAGUAACCCCAGAGGAUCAAAAGGAAGAACCUGUUGACAUUUUUCACUUAAGUCAGUUUGAACAGUUACCAGUGACAAGUGCAACAAUCAGACGAGAGAUAACAAGAGACAAGAUCUUAAGUAGAGUCUGUGAACAGACCAUGUCUGGAUGGUCAACUAAGCCAGACGACAAGGUACUACUGGCGUACUACAAUCGUCGAGAUGAAAUCACAACGUAUCAGGGAUGUCUCAUGUGGGGAAUACGAGUAAUCAUUCCAGACACCCUGAGGAAACAAGUACUAGAGGUCAUCCAUUCAACACACCUAGGCGUAGUGAAAAUGAAAGCCCUCGCUAGAAGUCACAUCUGGUGGCCAGGAAUCGACUCCGAAAUUGAACAGAUAACCAAAACCUGCUCUGGUUGUAACAAAGUAGGAAACAACCCAACAAAGGUCCACCCGUGGGAACUCAUCCAUAUCGAUUUUGCUGGACCAUUUAUGAACAAACAGUUUUUGAUUAUAGUCGACGCACACUCUAAAUGGCCAGAGGUGUUUCCAAUGAACAAGAUCACAGCAACAAGCACUAUUGAGGUAUUCGCAAGAAAAGGCGUACCACAGCAGCUCGUUUCCGACAACGGACCGCAAUUCAUGUCAGAGGAAUUUCAAGCAUUCAUGAAGAGCAAUGGAAUUCACCAUUUUAGAUCAGCACCGUUCCAUCCUGCAASGAAUGGACAAGCAGAAAGAUUCGUGCAAACCUUCAAACAGAGUAUGAAGGCAAUGAAAUCAGAAUUAGCCUCUUUAAACAAGAAGAUAGCAAAUUUCCUACUGAUGUACCGCAACACACCUCAUGCUACCACUAACAAAACACCUGCCAAAAUGUUCCUUAGUCGAAACAUACGUUCCCGUCUGGAUUUGAAGAAGCCAGAUGUAAAAAGCACAGUGCAGCAGAAACAAAUGAAGAAAGCACUCGAGAAGAAGACACCUAUACGCUUGUUUGAUAAUGGACAGCCAGUGACAGUUCGAGACUACAGAGRACAAGACAAGUGGGUUAAUGGAACCAUCAACACACAACUAGAACCAUUGAUGUAUGAAGUCAAAACAGAAGCUGGAAGUUAUUGGAGAAGGCACACAGACCAAAUCCAAGAAAGGAAGCAUGAUGAAAAUCAUAGCGACCCUCAACCAAGACCAGCAAAAGAUAGCUGUCAUUUGUGA